AGCUUUGCGAAGCUACGCCUCGAGUAGACGAAGGGUAUUCAGCGGUAAACAAUAUGACACUCAGAUUUGCACUUGUGUGUACCAUGAACAUGUUAUCUCACUUAUAGCAAGAAUAUACCGUCUGUAAGAUGCAGUAGCGUCGGUCCAGCGGUGGCAAAACGGGCAUCAGCUCGGCUUCCCCGCAGCCAUCCCACCCAGUCUUCACCAACAAACAUGACAUCGAAACCGCAAAAGGAAACACUAGCCAGAGUGCAAGCACGCACGUCGCUUCUGUCUCUCCCAAUAGAACUUAUCGAACAAGUUGCCUCUUACCUUACUCUUCCAAGCUUCCGCGCACUUCGCCUCACAGCCUCGCGCUACCACCAUCAAACCGACCACUUGUUCAGGCAGCGCUUCUUCACAACUCAACAUCUACGAUGGACAAAAACGUCGCUUCAGCGCCUCACCGAAAUAUCUACGUAUCAGCCCCUGGGUAGCAGUUGCCGGCACCUCAUCAUAGACGCUACGCCACACCACGCUCUCCUAUUGUGGAAGAUGGGCCGUCGCAGCUUAGACCCAGGACUCAUGGCUCCUGUUGCCAUCGACGAGGACGACAUUAGAUUAUUCAAGCUGACCGAGGAUUACGAGGCGUUGCAGCAUAAAGCAGAAGAGGCGGCGAAGUGGUUUAAUGAGACACGUUUUGAUGUCAAGUGCCUCGUCACCGUAUUCGCCCAUCUCACCUCACUUGAUCGCAUCACUUUCGCUUACCAGGGUAUGGAAGCUUUGUGUUCGGUGUUUGGGCAUAGAUACUGCGAGUCUUCUCAGCACGAGAUGAGUCGUCCGUUCAUCUCCACUUUAUCUGCGCUUGCCACGUCAGAGGUCAAGGUCAGACAUAUCGCGGUCCACGAUGAGGACAGGUACGGCGCUAUUAGUAUCGGGCGUCUUGAAUCUCUUGCGCCUUCUCUACGGUAUUUUGACGUGGCCUUUGAGAACCUGGAGACACUGCAACUGAAUCUCAGAGACUGGAGAAGUCCUGAUGCCGGUUUUGAAAUCGAGCAGACCCGAGCACCAUUCAUCGUGCGCUUCUUGGCAAAGUGUAAGAACGUGAGGACACUAGAGUUGAGCUGUUAUAGCGCGCUUGAAGACGAUCUCUUUGGAGUCGUGGCGCGAACAUGCCGAUUUAUAAAGCUUGAGAAGUGCAACUUGGACUCCUUCCGGAUCACCCACGUCAACGACUUGAUCGAAUUCUUAAUGCCCUGUUCAGACUCGCUGAAGCAGUUGAAGCUUCAGAAGAUCAUGAUCGCAAAUCCGCAGGCUACGUGGGCUGAUGUGCUGACCACCCUUGCGGAGUCAAACUCUUGUCUCGCAAGUCUGCAAUCAUUCUCGGUAUACUUAUUGUACUUGCAGCGGGAUACGAACUCGAUCAAACGCGUAGUGUUCCAUGACUGGUCUCGCUCGGCACUCUCGUUAUCUGUAGAAGGAAAAGACUGGCGGGUUGACCUGAGAAGCCGCGGAUCUCAAUACGCAGAGCACAAUGCACUGGGGAUGUGGGAAGCAAGUGCAACGCUAUAUCCCUUCAUAUAUCAGCCUCCGGUUUACGUAUAAUCGGGCGGCGCUACAACAUACCAUAGCGACAUACCUCGCGACAGAAUCUUGCCCUGUUCCUGUUCCUCGCACAUCUCUCUUCAUAAUGGAGUGACCACUUCAAUAUGGCCUCUACAAAUUCGGAAUCGCUCAUCUUCAGCAGAACACAAAAGUUUAGACACACAUCAGAUUGAUAUCAGGGAAAGGGGGCAGAGAUGGCCCUUACUACAGGUCUGCGUCGGAGACCGCGCCCUACGGUACAGGUCCCGACCGGGAAUCCUUCUCGGAAGCCCCAAAUCAGGCAGUAGUUGGCUCUUUACUUUUGGACCAGCCUAUCUUGGUUAAUGUAUUCAAUUUUCGAAAAGAGUUGCAUGUAGGAUGAUAAUCCUUGAUGCCUUGACCGUGUUUCAGCGCUUUCCCAGUUUUCUCCUCGCCAGCUAAGGGCUAUUUACUUAUCAACAUCACC